GCCGCGCCGUCAGCUGCAGAGUUGGUGUCGCAGCACACCUCAUUUGCUGAUGUUUCGAGGAGCGAAGAAGACGUGUUUCCGGUCAAACAGGAAGUGGCGAGUGACAAGGACAAUAGCGGCGAGCUGCUUCUGGAUGAGGACGCGAGUUCUUGCUUGGAUCAAGAUGGAGAGCGAACCCAGUUACAUUUCCAGUCAGGUUCUUCUGUCCCUGACGGAGAAACACUUCUUGAAGAUCACGCCGGCUCACUGGGCACUGCUGGCGGCGGGGGUGCGCGACCCGGCCAUAGACAUGAUCCUGGCCGACAUGUGCGGCGAGAUCGUCCAGACGGUGGCCACCGAGGUCCUGCGUCUGGUGGUGCCGGUCCUGGUCGAGCACCUGGAGGGGCGGGCGUCCCCCGAUGAGAUGAGCAGCGCCAUCGAGAGGUGCACGCCGCAACUGGGCGACAGCAUCAUGACCACCUUCGCCGCGGCGGCCGACGUGCCCGAGGUGGAGUUUGUGGGCGCCAAGCGCUUCACGGCUCUCAUCGAGAAGGAAGCCAACGUCCGCAUGAACUCGGUUUUGAGUUCGGCCCUCAGUAGCAGCGAGGGCCAAUCGGAGCCGCUGCUUUACGUCAACGCGACCAUGUCCAGCGUCAACACGCUCUACGAGAUGGUGUGCCACGCUCACAAAUGCUUGUCUUACUUGAGCAAGAUGACGCAGCGCUUCUACAGGAUGAGCGGCCUGACGCCCGUGGACGUGGAAGCCGCCACCCGCUCCGUGGCCGCCAUCUUGCUCAAGUGGGCCAAGGAGGGCCGCGAGGAGCCCGACGAGGAAUUGGCGCGGCGCUCCGAAGACGCCCAAACCACCGCCGAGGACAUCAUCCAGACCAUGGUCCAGUUGCAACAACGCGCCGAGCGGGCGGCGAGCGGCGUCUUUGCCAAGCCCUGCAUCGACAUGAGUGCGAUUUUGGCCAAGGUCAAACGCUUUUUCUCAUCGCGCCCCAAAUCCUCCACCUGCACCGACGAGCUGGCCGUCAGGACCUCACUCAACACGGUCGGACGCUCUCGCUUCCAGAAGAUGAUGGCGGGCCUCAAAAGCCUCUUCAAAAAGACUCAGCCGCCCUUUGUGGUCAACCUUCCGACGGGACGCUCCGGACAGUCCACGCGCCGCCGAGCCACCGGGACCAGAAGCAGCCAGAAGUCCCGGCCGUCGUCGCAGCCUCUGUCGGAGGACGAGCUGAGCAGCAAGUUCGACAGCUUGACGUCCAACCUCAUGGAUUGGGAGCUGGAGACGUGCACGGAGGAAGAGCGCCGGCAGCUGACCGACACGGUGUACGAACACCUGAUGGCCACGCAGGACGACGAGUCGAUGUCGGUCCGGCAGCACGCCUACUGCAACGUCCUGUACGCCAUCACCGACGACACCAUCAAAAAGUACAUGCAGCAGCUGCACCUGUGGCUCAAGGUGCUGCGCGUCAACGCCAAGAGCCGCGUGGAGGUGUCGGGGGCCCUCAAUGAAAUCGACACGUUCAUCUCCGACCUGAGUCAAAGCCAGCCGGAGGCGCCCAGCCUGGAGGACGGCUCCAGCUCGGGGGGAGUGGCGCCGUCGUCCACCACCCGCACCACCGCCAGCGCGCCGGCGGCGGCAUCGCGCGGCGGCGUCGCGAGCCCACCGGUGGCGUUGCCGUCGCCCACCAGCAGCGUUCACCAAGCGCACGUGAGGAGUCUGGUGAGCGCUCUGAUCGUCACCCUGGUCAUGCGCCUGUCGUGGAGGUGCAGAUCUUGUACCAAGAUUACCGCCAUCUUGCCUGUCAUCAAGCGUUUGUCAGAGAGGGCGGUGGAGGAGAUAAGCCCCAAAAUGGCCGCCGCCCUCGCCGACAUGGACACCUACGAUGCCGUGAUCCAAGCCGUGGCAAGAGAACUGUCCAAGGAGUUUGAUUCUUCUGAAGCGCCAUUGCUGGUCCAAAACCCGGGUUUUGACGAUGCUGUUUUUAGGCAUCUUAAGGUCCAGAUCCAUCUUCUCAGCAGCGGUGCGCCCCUAAGCUCCAACAACUUUCUCUCCACCAUGACCAGAGUUCUCACGAGACCAUUUCUGAGCCUGUUCCGCCCGGCGACACAUCCUCUAGCCAACUACAAUUGAACAGGACGCUGAACUGGAUUCCCGCCGCGGCGCUCCGACAACAACUUGAAUAUCAAUGUCCACCAUUUCCACCUAAAAUAAAAUAAUAACGUUUGGUGUGUUUUUUUUUUUAAUUUCAAUAUUUGAUUCUUUCAAACCGCCACUUUGUACACCCUAUCAAUCAAAAGUAUUGUGAAAAAAUGACACCGAAUCUAGCGUCAGCCCACCUGGUUGCAGAUUUUAAGAGGACCGGUCUUCUGUUAUGGAAGAUAAGAUGUCCAAAAAAACUUGCUGUUUAUGAAGUGCAAAAGAAUUACACUUCAUAACCACCAUAAAAUGACACCAAAGCCUCAACUUUUUGAAAUGUAGUGCUUUUUUGGGGGCGGCCAUUUUGUGGCAACACACUUCCAUGCAAUUGUAAACAUUUGGAUUUUUCAAGAAGAAAAUAAACCAGUGACUAAAGGGUUUUGCUAAUAAUUGGCUGGGGAAUGGCUUGCAUCUCGAUUCAACUGCGCUAUUUAAUGCAAAUGACGUUCAUCCGUUCAUUUUUGGAACUCAAAUUAGAUGUACAUUACGAUUUUAGAAAAUAGCGCUUCAUUGUCAUCGAUAGAAAAGCAUAAGACUCAAAACUAAUUACUGCUUUUAUGACGUGCACAAGCAUGGCGUCUUUGACACCCGAGAAUUGUUCUUUGCUCGUUCCAAGUGUUUUCGAAACGAAGGGAAGCUUGAGGCAUCGUGGGUGUAGUUACUCGAGCCACCGCUAGGGUUACCACAUGUGACGUUAUCGCUGAAUGAAAAUUGUAUACUUUUAUCUUAUGGACAGUAAAAACAACGACAGCGCGACUAAAGCUCGGUGUUUAUAACACGCCGUACAGAAGGGCUUUUUUCGUGUCGGGCAUAUUGCAAUGUAGGCAGAGUAAGUACAUAUUACACUAGUGGCGUUUUUUGACGGCUCAAUUCAUCAUCACCCUUAGGUGUAGUGGCAUGGAAAUGACUCCUCACCUCUCGUCUGCGCCGGUUCUCGAAUGCAGGACGACGACCGGGGUUCUUACUGCUGCUGGGGAGUUGAAGUAGCGUUUGCCAAAUGAAAAAUCGUAGGCAGGGGAGUUGGUUUCAUCUUGGGACGAAUUCCAUUCGUGUACUUGAUGCUCUCUGCUAAAUGCUUGCUGAAGCACCCCGGUUCAAAAUGAUCAGCACAGAGAUUUGAAAUACUUGCGUGGCGACUGCAGUCGACCAGGCUUUCCUCCCUGCCGAUUGACUUUCCGAGCCACUGAUGAGGUGUUUACUUUAUUCCUUGUAAAGCAUAAGAAGCUUUUACCCGUCCCUUGACCAUUCGUGCAGCCACCUGCCGCGCAAAGAAUGAAUCAGUAUUUAAGUGCUUAAGGCACGUGGAGAGCAAGCGAACGAGAAAAGCACACAACCGCUUGCCACAGUAGCCAUUAAAUAGUUUGACUUGUGUGACGUCACAUCGCCGGAAAUACCUGAAGACGAGAGGACGCGAGAUUCAAAUGGCAGACAUUUUGAAUUGUAUUGAGUGAUUUUAACUGCUGUCUACCAACGAUCUAAUCAUUUUUAAUGACAGUUAUGCAUUAUAAAGGGGUUGUAGAGGUCUCAAGAAAAAUUAAGAUAUUUGGUCUCUGAGCUUUAAACGAGCGUUAGGGUUGCAAAGUAGAGAUUUAAAUUAGCGCGAGGGUUUCAAAGAAGGAUUUAAAUUAGGUUUAAGGAUGCAAAAUAAGGUUUUAGACUAGGGUUAGGGUUCAAAUUAGGAUUUCAAAAGCGUGGCAGCCAUGUUGUGGGGGGCAGUGACGUUUGGAUCAAAGGCAAUGGAUGGCCAAGUGAAAUGACGUCUUACCUUCCUCUUUUCUCUCCCCAAUAUUCACGAAUUUCCAUUUUUGUCAAUGUCAAAGUGUCUGCUAUGAAUACAGAACAUUGGGGAGGGAUGCAGGUGUUUUUUUUGGAGGGGUUGGGAGGGUGGUUGCGCCUAUAAAAUGUUGUUUCCCAUUCCUCUUGUUGUAAUUGUCCACCUUUGCGUGCAUCACGCCAUCCAGCCAUUCUUGUUCUUGGCCGUUUUCUUGCCAUUCACACAUGUGGAAUACGCCGACGACUUGGCCACUCCUAGCUUGGCAUUGCCGAAGGCAAUUUUUAAACAUGCCUAAUCAUAAAUAUCUCCCGUGUAAUUUCCAUUAUUUUUCAUGACCGUACAAAUUCAGAUAAAGACAAACAAUGGAUGAGUUGCUAGUCAGUGGUGGGGCGGGCACCAUAAAAAGACGACGACAGUCUGAGUCUUUCAACAACUUUUAAUGUCUGUCGUCUAAGUAAGAAAUUAACCACAAUGUGAAGUGCAAAAUAAGCAUGUGUCAUGUCGGUUACAUGUGACAUUGUGAAUAUAAUAAUUUGAUUGGCUGACAUAAAUACAUAAAUAAUUAUUCAUAAGUGCAUCCUGAAUAGCAAGGACUGUAACAAGAUAAUGCCGAUACAUCUGGCGACCCAACGAGGACCUAGAAAUAUUUCAUUCAAUAAAAACACCACAUUUGGCCCUUUUUGCUCCACACAAUCAAAUAUGCAAAUGAGCCCUUAAUUGAGCAAGACAUUACCAAUGUCAAAGAGAGAUGUCACCAAGUUGGGUUAGUGCUUGGAAAAUCUAUUUCUUGUGUGACAAAAAAAACAAAACAAGACAAAAACAAC